GCUGGUAAAUAGAGCUGUCAAACAACAUCGACGCCAUUUCGACAACAGCCUUAAAAUGGAAGUAAAAUACAGAGCGAGGAUCGUUCCUCACUGAAUAAGAAGCGACGCGCGCUUCUCACGCUCGCGAACACAGACGCGCUUUAACGGACACUUUGAAGACGCCCCGCGGCGACGCGAUGGAUAUCAGCACUGCGGUGUUUAACGCGGCGAGAGACGGAAAACUGAAACUCAUCCAGAAGUUGCUGAGCAACAAAAGUCCGCAGGAGCUGGAGGCGCUGGCGGAGGAGAAGACGCAGGGAGGCACGCCGCUGCUCAUCGCCUCGCGCUACGGACACCUGCAGGUGGUGGAGUACCUGCUGGAGCACUGCAGGGCCGGCGUGGAGCUCGGGGGCGCCGUCAGCUUCGACGGAGAGACGAUAGAAGGCGCUCCGCCGCUGUGGGCCGCCUCCGCCGCGGGGCACCUGCCGGUGGUGAAGACGCUCCUGGAGCACGGAGCCUCCGUCAACAGCACCACCCUCACCAACUCCACCCCGCUGCGGGCCGCCUGCUUCGACGGACACCUGGAGAUCGUGCGCUACCUGGUGGAGCAUCACGCGGACCUGGAGGUGGCCAACCGUCACGGUCACACCUGCCUGAUGAUCUCCUGCUACAAGGGCCACAAGGAGAUCGCCCAGUUCCUGCUGGAGCACGGGGCCGACGUCAACCGGCGGAGCGUGAAGGGCAACACGGCUCUGCACGACUGCGCCGAGUCCGGCAGCCUGGAGAUCCUGAAGCUGCUGCUGAAGGGUGGAGCGAGGAUGGAGCGGGACGGGUACGGCAUGACCCCGCUCCUCGCCGCCAGCGUCACCGGACACACCAACAUUGUGGAGUACCUGCUGCACCAGCCGCGCUCCGCCCGAGAGCCCCGCAUCGACGCGCUGGAGCUGCUGGGGGCCACCUUCGUGGACAAGAAGCGUGACCUGCUGGGCGGCAUGCGCUACUGGAGGAGAGCCAUGGAGCUGCGGCAGACGGGCGAGAAGAGCCUGGCUAAACCGGCCCCGGGGCCCCCGGUGCCCGCGUACGACUGCGCCCGCGAGGUGUGUACGGCCGAGGAGCUGGAGGCGCUGGUCACUGACCCGGACGAGAUGCGCAUGCAGGCGCUGCUGAUCCGAGAGCGCAUCCUCGGGCCCUCGCACCCCGACACCUCCUACUACAUCCGCUACCGGGGGGCCGUGUACGCCGACUCGGGCGACUUCGAGCGCUGCAUCCGUCUGUGGAAGUACGCUCUGGACAUGCAGCAGAGACACCUGGACCCGCUCAGCCCCAUGACCGCCAGCAGCUUCCUGUCCUUCGCCGAGCUCUUCUCCUUCGUGCUGCAGGACCGAGCCAAGGGCCGCGUCGCUCGGGUCAGCUUCCAGGACCUGAUGGGUGUUCUGAGGAAGAGUGUGUGUGAGGUGGAGCGGGCCGUGGCGCAGCGGGACAGUCCUCCGGAGACGCCUCAGUUCACCAAAGCGCUGUCCAUCAUCCUGCACCUGCUGUUCCUGCUGGAGAAGCUGGAGUGUGCUCCGGAGCAGGAGCACCAGAAGCGUCUGACCGUGUACCGGCUGCUGAAGCUCAGCCCGCGGGCGAGGAGCGGCUACACCCCGCUGCACAUGGCUGUGGACAAGGACACCACGUCUGUGGGCCGUUACCCGGUGGGGCGCUUCCCGUCUCUGUGUGUGGCGCGUCUGCUGCUGGAGUGCGGUGCUGACGUAGACUCCCGCGACUGUGAGAACAACACCCCGCUGCACGUCGCCGCCGCUAACGGCUGUCCGGAGAUCAUGGCGGCGCUGAUCCGGGCCGGAGCGCACUUCGACGCCACCAACGCCCAGCACAAGACGGCCUACGAGCUGCUGGACGAGCAGAGCAGCGGGCGACACGCGCUCCACCCGCUCAGCUACGUCACGCUGCAGUGUCUGGCCGCCCGCACCAUCCUGACACACAGACUGCCCUACAAAGGACUGACCACGGAGCAGAUGGAGGCCUUCAUCGAGCUGCACUGACCCCAGCAGACUGACAGGUUGCAGGCUUGUUUCAGGUCAUCAGCUGCGUGUGGGCGGGCGAGUGACCUGAUCAGAGCAGAACUGACCCGCAGCCGUCCCUCGUGAAGUGUCAUAAUGCUGUUGUGUAUUACUCUCUCUCUUUGAGACGCUGAAGGACUGAAGCCCAUGGUGCCAAACACUAGCCUUACAUCAUCCUCAUCAUCAUCCUCAUCAUCUGUGAAUGUGUGUGUGGCGGUGGUUUUAAUGUGUUUUUACUGGCUCUGUGCUCUUCUUCUUUUGGGGAUUCGACUGUAACAUACAGAACUUGGCACUUUAUCCACUCUAAAUGAGAAAAGCUGACCUUACAUUGAUAUCUAUGCAGUUUAUUAACAGGUGGAUUUGGAGCGACAGAUUUGACAGCCCGGGCUGUUUUUGUGUUUAGUGUGGUUUUUUUUUUUGUUUUUUUUUUGCUGGAGUUAGGUGGAAAGCUUCAGAUUGGUUGGAGUCUCAUCCUGAUUGGCUUUAAGUGAAUUGUUCUUGGUGAGAUGUGAUGGCUGUAAUGAUGUUUCUCUGUUGUCGGUCUGUCGUUGUAAAUGCACCCAGUGAAAGCACUUUGAAAAUCUUAACACUUUAAUCUCUAAACCAGAGAAACUACAGCUGAUUUGGUUAAUUUAAGACAUGUAUGGUGAUGCCUGAAUAAAACGAGUGUCCCGUC